AUGACCGACACCCGGCGGCGGGUGAAGGUUUACACGCUCAACGAGGACCGGCAGUGGGACGACCGGGGCACCGGGCAUGUGUCGUCCGGCUACGUGGAGCGGCUGAAGGGCAUGUCCCUGCUUGUCAGGGCCGAGAGCGACGGUUCUCUACUUUUAGAGUCCAAAAUAAAUCCUAAUACUGCAUACCAGAAACAACAGGACACUUUGAUUGUGUGGUCUGAAGCAGAAAAUUAUGACUUGGCCCUUAGCUUUCAAGAAAAAGCUGGAUGUGAUGAAAUUUGGGAGAAAAUAUGUCAGGUUCAAGGAAAGGACCCAUCAGUGGACAUCACUCAGGACCUUGUAGAUGAGUCUGAAGAGGAGCGUUUUGAUGAUAUGUCAUCGCCAGGUUUAGAAUUGCCAUCUUGUGAAUUAAGUCGCCUUGAGGAAAUUGCAGAACUUGUGGCAUCAUCUUUACCUUCCCCCCUGCGUCGUGAAAAACUUGCACUAGCACUGGAAAAUGAGGGUUACAUUAAAAAGCUCUUAGAGCUUUUCCAUGUGUGUGAGGAUUUGGAAAAUAUUGAAGGACUGCACCACUUGUAUGAAAUUAUCAAAGGCAUCUUCCUCUUGAAUCGAACUGCUCUUUUUGAAGUUAUGUUCUCUGAGGAAUGUAUAAUGGACGUCAUUGGAUGCUUAGAAUAUGAUCCUGCUUUAUCACAACCACGAAAACAUAGGGAAUUUCUAACAAAGACAGCCAAAUUUAAAGAAGUGAUUCCCAUAUCAGAUCCUGAGCUGAAACAAAAAAUUCAUCAGACAUACAGAGUUCAGUAUAUACAAGACAUGGUUCUACCUACCCCUUCAGUCUUUGAAGAAAAUAUGUUAUCAACACUUCACUCUUUUAUCUUUUUCAAUAAGGUAGAAAUUGUUGGUAUGUUACAGGAAGAUGAAAAAUUUCUGACAGAUUUGUUUGCACAGCUAACAGAUGAAGCAACAGAUGAGGAAAAAAGACAGGAAUUGGUUAACUUUUUAAAAGAAUUUUGUGCGUUCUCCCAAACGCUACAACCUCAAAACAGAGAUGCUUUUUUCAAGACUUUGUCAAACAUGGGUAUAUUACCAGCUUUAGAAGUCAUCCUUGGCAUGGAUGAUACACAGGUGCGAAGUGCUGCUACUGAUAUAUUCUCAUACUUGGUUGAAUAUAAUCCAUCCAUGGUACGAGAGUUUGUCAUGCAGGAGGCACAACAGAAUGAUGAUGUAAGUAAGAAGUUAACAGAGCAAAAAAUAACCAGCAAGGAUAUUUUGCUCAUCAACCUCAUUAUAGAACAUAUGAUUUGUGAUACAGACCCUGAACUUGGAGGAGCAGUCCAGCUUAUGGGCCUCCUUCGAACAUUAGUUGACCCAGAAAACAUGUUAGCUACUGCCAAUAAAACAGAAAAGACUGAAUUUCUGGGUUUCUUCUACAAGCACUGUAUGCAUGUCCUUACUGCUCCCUUACUGGCAAAUACAACAGAAGACAAACCUAGCAAAGAUGAUUUUCAGACUGCCCAGUUGUUGGCACUUGUAUUGGAAUUGUUAACAUUUUGUGUGGAGCACCAUACCUACCACAUAAAGAACUACAUUAUUAAUAAGGACAUUCUCCGGAGAGUGUUAGUUCUUAUGGCCUCGAAGCAUGCUUUCUUGGCAUUAUGUGCUCUUCGUUUUAAGAGAAAGAUUAUUGGAUUAAAAGAUGAGUUUUACAACCGCUACAUAAUGAAAAGUUUUUUGUUUGAACCAGUAGUCAAAGCAUUUCUCAACAAUGGAUCCCGCUACAAUCUGAUGAACUCUGCCAUAAUAGAAAUGUUUGAAUUUAUUAGAGUGGAAGAUAUAAAAUCAUUAACUGCUCAUGUAAUUGAAAAUUACUGGAAAGCACUGGAAGAUGUAGAUUAUGUACAAACAUUUAAAGGACUGAAACUGAGAUUUGAACAACAAAGAGAAAGGCAAGAUAAUCCCAAACUUGACAGUAUGCGUUCCAUUUUGAGGAAUCAUAGAUAUCGAAGAGACGCCAGAACACUAGAAGAUGAAGAGGAGAUGUGGUUCAACACAGAUGAAGAUGACAUGGAAGAUGGAGAAGCUGUCGUGUCUCCAUCUGACAAAACUAAGAAUGAUGAUGACAUCAUGGAUCCAAUAAGUAAAUUCAUGGAGAGGAAGAAAUUAAAAGAAAGUGAGGAAAAGGAGGUGCUUCUGAAAACGAAUCUUUCUGGUCGGCAGAGCCCAAGUUUCAAGCUUUCCCUCUCUAGUGGAACAAAGACUACCCUCUCCAGCCAGUCACCUGCAACAAAUCUGCCUGGUUCUCCAGGCUCACCUGGAUCCCCAGGAUCUCCAGGCUCUCCUGGAUCCAUCCCUAAAAAUACAUCUCAGACGGCAGCUAUUACUACCAAGGGAGGCCUCGUGGGUCUGGUAGAUUAUCCUGAUGAUGAUGAGGAUGAUGAUGAGGACGAAGACAAGGAAGACACGCUCCCUUUGUCAAAGAAAGCAAAGUUUGAGUCAUAAUGGCAACUGCCUGUGAUCAGUACCUGUUGAGAAAACUGGUUCUCUACCCCUCCCCACUACAAAAUCUAUAACAAAGCAGUGGUCUCUUGUGAAUGACUGACACAGAUCAGCUCGCACACUUGACUUCUGCUCAUCAAGUGCCAAUUCAGUGGAGCAGGAGGAGGGGAUAAUUAUACAUUUAGGGGGAAGACUGACUUACACCUUUGAGGUCUCCAGCUUGGACCACACAUUGCCCUUUUCUCAGGGAAGGAAAUGGAAACAAAAAGCCAACAGGGCAGGGGUUUUGUAAGUGGAACUCUGGAUUGACUGGUCAGUUGCUACAAUCAGAAUAUGCUUUCUCGGACCAUGUUUGAGACUCAGAAGAAUAGGCUUUUCUGCCCUAAUUCUUCACUAGUUAAGAAGAAUGCCAGCAGUUUCUUUGUAUAAAGAGACCUGCCUUUAAAAUCGUACAUUCUGAACAUUUUAGUCAAGCUACAGCAGGUUUGGAAAAACCUCGUUGGGGGAGGGGCGAAUAUGAAGUUUCCUCUUUUUUAUCUGUUCCCUUUGCCCUUCAAACUGCAGAUUUUUUUUUUUAAGUGGGGAUUUGUCCCUACUUGAUUAAAGAUUGAGUGGAAUUCUAGAUGUGGUCAUUUGUGUCAUAAUUUUUUUUGUUUCAUUUUGUUUUUGAUUUUUUUUUCUCCUGAGUGUAUGCUUAGUUGUUGAGUAUAUAUAUUUGGGACCAUUAAAAUUUUUUUUGAUGUAAUAUAA